UGAUGUCAUAUGAUAGCAUCUUAUUUCAGUAACCUGAUUUAUAAAUGGAGUAUAAUAAGUUAUCAGAAAGUAUAAACACUGUGGGGUAUGCUGGAGUCUGUGUUGGAACUGAAAGAUCCGAGCUUCUAAAAAAUUCGCUAUUACUUCUUGGAAAAGAAAACAAUUUUGAUAAAAUUUAUUAUUGGGGCAGAAUAAAUGGGAUACUGAAAGACUACCAUGUCGCAUAUGGCCAUGGGAAAGAUUAUUUAAGAAAUAAUUUAUAUUAUUACAGUUUAGAUUGUUUUGAUUGGUUACUGCUUCCUAAACCAACAAAAAAUCACAAAGUCAUAUCCACUCUUGUCAGAAAUUAUUUCCAAGGCUACCCAUCCGUGAAAACACUCACUAAAGUUCCGGAGUUUUUGCUGCAUAAUGAUGAUGAAGAGUUGUCGAAAUCGAUUGAAGGCGAUAUGAUACCGUGCGAAAUUAAAGAAGAGGAUCGGCUGAGCGCAGUAGUGGAUUUAAUAACCAAUGAUUCAAUAAUUAUUCCACGCGGUAGCUGGAUAAAACUUCCGAGUGGUGAUGUCGCUAGAAAUCUGACCUUCACUGGCCUAAAUUUUACUGAAUGUACUAAACUUGAAUCGUAUCUUCAUAAGAGAAUUCCUCAACAAAAAUCAAAUGUCAGUUUAACAAAGAGACAAGACUACAAUUAUGCUCUAGACUUUCUUGAUCCAAUUGACAUGGAUUUGCCAAAAGAGUGUUGGAGUUUGCAGCCGUACUUUAAAGACAAUUUAAUAAUCAUAAGAAAUUUAUAUUGGCCCGGAAUGACAUUUUAUCAUAAGCUAAAUUCAUCCGAGUAUGGUUCAAUUUACAUCGGUGACGGAAUAAAAAAUAAAAAUCUGCCAUUUAUGAUCUAGAGAAAAUAAAAAAUAUAUUAUUGUUUUAUUAAAAUGAAUUAAAUAGUUGGUACAACGAUGUAUGACAUGAUUUAUAAUAAUUGUUUAUAUAGAAAGUUCCAGAUCUUGUGUUCCCAGCAGCUGUUGGUAUAUAUAAUGUAUACUGGUGUGUUGAAGAGUCACAUGAUGAUGUUAAAUAACGAGAUCGAGGCAUGAUCAAAAUAGCAUCGAUCAGUAAAUAGAUCAAGCCAAGCGGAAAAAAGGCGGAGCAUCGUCUCAAUAGUUUUUUCCUCUUGUUGGUUUAUUCUUUCUUCUCUCGAUCCCCAGGAGCCCCAGAGCCAGUGAAAGCUGCAAGGGUUUAUUGUCUUUGGCAUCAGAGCUGGCUUAUCGUGUGACACCGUUUUUUCAUAGUACCAAUUGGCCAGUGUGAAGCGCCACUAAAGUUUAAACCCCGUUGUUGUAAUUCAUCAGUUUAAUAUCCUGUUUCGUUUAGUGCUUAACUCUCAUCAACAGAUCCUCCGAUACAUCAAUGAUCAAUUAUUUUUUUUUUAUCUUUUGUACUUUCGAUGUCGAUUGUCAAAAUUAAGUUGGCAAGUAUACGUCCAUGUAUAUAAAAUUAUACAACUAAAUUCUCCCAGCAUCUUGUCUAUCUGAGCUUUUAUUUAUUUAAAACUAUCAA